GUAAAUCUGUUUACACUUGACCGGAAACCGCACGCACUCCGACAUCAUGAAAUAAAGUGUCACUGGUAACAGACUUAUUUGCCAGUUGCUAGCGCUCUUCGACUUUAAAAUGUAACCUUCUUGCCGAACAAAACGAACACAACAGCGACGCUUUGGAUGUUCGACACUCAAUUGCUAUCGAGCAUUUCGGCUACUUUUUUUCCAUCAUGUCCAUGUCACGUACUACUUGCGAGGAACCGCUGACUUGGAUUGCCGCUCAUGCUGGUACUACAACUGUGAAGUGCCACCUUUUGACUUCUAUGAUAUAGACAGAUUCGUACCAGAGGUUUCUCCCGUCUCCCUGUAUGUAUUCCCGUACAUCAAUCAGACUCGGAGGACUUGGGAUCACUAGGGGUGACGAUGCGGCUGUGGAGUAUUAUGCUGGAAUCAUUCCAUAUUUAUUUUUCGUUGCACAGGCACUGACGGUAAUCCAAUGGAGUAGGCUGUCUGACCGCAUUGGGUGCAGGCCGUUGUUGGUAUUUGGACUCUCAAGUGCUUGUAUUUCGAUGCUCUGUUUCGGCCUCUCGACGACUUUCUGGAGUCUUGUCAUUAGCUGCUGCUAGUAGUAUCCGGUUUUCUAAAUGGCGACAUUGGAGUGAUGAAGACUACGAUAGGUGAAUUGACGGAUCCCAUAAACAUGGCUCAGGCGGUUGCCUUGAUCCCUAUCGUCUGAAGCCUCGGAGGCUUUCUUGGAUAUUUGAUGGGCGGAACGCUUGCGCGACCGCAAGAUCAUUGGCCCGUAUCAUUCACCCAUCCAUUUGGGGAAAUUACCCAUAUUUUCUGCCUUGUGCAGUAGCAGCCUGUCUGCUCUUUCUGACCUUUUUCACAAUGGUAAUCCUUUAGAAGAAGUAUAUUUCCUACAUAUAUGUCACAUCGCACAUGUUACUCGUGUACCUCGAAGCUUCAACAGAGUUGCAAGAGACACGUCAAUUCUCAUAGCAAAUUAUGUUGGACAAGAUCA